GGUCUCUGCGCAGGCGCAGUGCGGGCAGCGCGGGGUCCUCGGCGCCGUGAGGGGAGCGGGGCCGUCAUGUUGGGCCUGGGGGCGGCGGGACGGGUGCUGAGCCGGGCCCUGAGCCUGAGCCAUGGCCCGGUGAGGGCAGGGGCACCGGGAGUGGCGGGGGAACGGGCCCUGAGCCUGAGCCAUGGCCCGGCCUCGGUGGUGGUGGAGCGCGUGUGGCCGGUGCCGCUUGCCCGGGCAGGAGCCGCUCCCCGGCUGCACCCGCGGCGGCACCGGGUGUACCGAGUGCUGAGGGACGGGAAACACCAACCCCGGGGGGACAUGGAGCUGCUGCUGACCCGGGCCGUGCAGGACCUGGGCAGCCGUGGGGACGUGGUGAAGGUGAAGAAAAGCCUGGGCAGGAACAAACUCCUUCCCCAGGGCCUGGCCGUGUACCCAUCCCCGGAGAACCUGCGCCUCUUCCAGCAGGAGAAGGAGCUGGCUCAGCAGGGGAAACUGGAGGAGCCCCAAACCCAGAGCGGGCAGAAGACCCUGGAGUUCCUGAGGCGCUGCCGCCUCCAGGUGGGGAUGAAGAACAACGUGAGCUGGGAGCUCAACCCCGACAUCGUGGCCCGGCACUUCCUCAAAAACCUCAGGGUGUUCGUGCCCCCCCACGCCCUGCGGCUGCCACCGGAGCCAAUCACACGCUGGGGACAAUACUGGUGUGACGUCACGGUGAACGGCCUGGACACCGUGCGGGUUCCCAUGGACGUGGUUCAGUUCCUGCACCCCAAAACCAAACGCUUCCGCCAUUGGCAGCAGCAGCAGCAGCAGCAGCUGGAGAGCAGCAGGGAGAGGCUCCUCUGACCCCCCCGAAGAUUUGGGGGUCCCUGGGGGGAUUUGGGGUCCCCAGAAUGGAUUUGGGGUCCCCGGGGUGGAUUUGGGGUCCCCAGAAUGGAUUUGGGACUUUUUUGGGACCCUUUGGAAAAU